CAUUUUGUACCCAGAAAAUGCACAUCUCUCUUGUCUAUUGAAUUAAAAUAGAAAAAGAAUGUCUGUUGAGGUUGAAUACAGAUGCUUCGUGGGUGGGCUCGCAUGGGCUACCAACGAUAGAACCCUAGGAGAAGCUUUUUCUCAGUACGGCAAUGUGGUCGACUCCAAGAUUAUCAACGAUCGCGAAACAGGUAGAUCAAGAGGAUUUGGUUUUGUUACCUUUACUGAUGAGAAAUCCAUGAGGAACGCAAUUGAAGCAAUGAAUGGCCAGAACCUUGAUGGUCGUAACAUCACUGUUAAUGAAGCUCAAUCACGCGGAAGCGGCGGCGGCGGCGGUGGUUUCGGAGGUGGCCGACGGGGUGGUGGUGGUGGUGGUUUCGGAGGUGGUGGCGGAUACAAUGGCGGUGGUGGCGGCUACGGUCGACGUGAGGGUGGCAAUGGUGGUGGUUAUGGAGGUGGCCGUGACCGCGGAUAUGGUGGUGGUGGUGAUCGUUAUGGUGAUGGUGGAUCCCGCUACUCAAGAGGUGGUGGUGCAUCAGAAGGAAGCUGGAGGAAUUAGGUUAGAUAUAAUAAAAUUCUGAAAUUGGGUUUAAUAGUCUAAAAUAUGUCAUAGUUUUGGUUUGGAAACUAUGUUUCUGUGUUGGGUUUUUGUUAGUGUUGUGGUCUCUUGCUAUUGACUCGUUAUGUUACUGUGAGGGAUAUGUGCAAGGUUCAAUCAUCAAAGUUAUAAAUGAUCAACCCUUUUUCUA